AUGGUUUGUCGUGUUGUGUUCUUUUUAUGGCCGACGGAGGUUGUAAGUUCUGAUUGUGGAGACGCAAAACCAUGGCCUCGUUGCAGAUUCCUGAGCCAUCGAUCCCUAUUUGAAUAUGCUUUGCUUCACAAGAAAACACAGCUGACAUUUGUAUUAAUCUUUGGCCAUGGAACAACUUUUCAGUUUGCUGGCUUGCCUUGUUACUAUUACCCAUUCGGCUGUGUUCUUAGCAUCGUAGAAACCCAGAAUCUUAUAUUCCCACACCUGAACAAUCCAUCGGUA